AUGCCGAUGGCAUAUUCCCCGCGUCCCGUUUCUCCAAAUACACUGGCAGGCCAAUCUCAUGGGACGGGUGGAGCCCAACCGUACAUGAUGACAUCCAACGCUCGAAACCGUUCGAGAUCACCCCCCUCCAACCCUCAACCCGCCUCGAAGCGUGAUAAAAGACGAAGUGCCCUGCAAGAUAGGGUUCACGAUCUCGCCGAAACAUUUAGCAACGAGCGCGAUUACUAUUUCCGCAAACAAGUCCACGAUCUACAAAAUGAAAUGGCCCUAAUUUCCAACUCCCAACUAUAUGACACGGAACCGUUAAGCGACUCGCCGGAAAUGAUCUCGGAACUUGUUGAGAAACUCUCCGCUGCUGGACAUCUGGUAGCUGAAACAAUUCCAUCGGGAAAAUGGUAUGCCAACUUUGUACAGGAAAUGAAUCAAAUGAAGGAAGAGCGAGAUCUAGAACUCGCCGUACUUAUGAAUCGCCAUCGUGACCAAUUUUCAAGAAUUAAGCGGGAACACGACUUCAAAAUCCAAUUCGCACACCAGGAAUGCGCCAAACUAGGGGAGACCAUCAGGGAGCGAUUGGUUAUGUCAAUUUCACAGAAGAAAAAUAGGCUAAUGAAGGAGAAGGAACAACUUGACCUUGCUGAUACCAACGCCCUCCUCUUGCAUCCAAAUCAAUUUUCUAUUGCCAACCCUUCAAGUCCCGGGGGCCUGCAAAGUAACCGCAAAACCCGUCACACACGCCACAGAGUUGAUAUGGACGACAUGGGCAAUGGAAUUGGAUCAGAAGCAACCAAUAAACGGAAACGGAAGGGCCCAAUGGACGACGAUUUCGGUUCCCCCGCGCGCGACGGUGGCAUGUCAACGCCUGCAGACCGAACAAAGGCGCGGAUGACACAGCACCAAAAUGCCGCCAGCUAUCACAUAUCCUCCCUGUUCACCGAAAAAGAACUGGCAAUGCACAGCAACAGCGCCCACGUAGCCGCCCUUCACUUCCUCGCCGCCUCCAAAAGAGCAAAACAAACAUCAACCCCAGGCACAAACGGACAGAACGCUGCCGAUGGCGAUGACCUAGCUGGCUCUGGCGGCGACGGAGGCAGCGGCCAGGAAGACACCAGUGCGGCACCGGAGAUGGAACGAACAGCCAGCCAGGGCUACCACGCCACGCGCUCUACACGCAACACAGGCACGUCGGGGCUAACGCUACUAGGCGAACUAGCUGACAAGACAGCCACAAGACCCAACCUGCCGUAUUUCAUCCUCGGAAACUACCACGCGCGGCCCAAUGGGUCCGGGUCGGCGCCGCCGCCACCGCCACUCAUGCCCGAUGAGAUCGAGGAUGAUCUCGCCCGUAUCGAGAGACUUGCCAGCAAACCGCGCGGCUGGAUCGACACGCGUCUUGUGAACGAGCUUGUGGACGCGACGCACGAUCACGAGCAUGAGCAUGGGGAGAUGAUAGAUGGACUCUUCCUGGAAAGUUCAGAGAGGUUUGGCUCGUUGCAUCCGGACUUCCCUGCACAGAUGGAUAUGCAUUUGGUUCGACUGUAUCCGCGUAAAGAAUCCUGA